CUAGUCGGAUGGAGCGUGGAUGUGAGCGGCGGGGAAGCGACGUCCGCGCUCCGCCAUGGCCGCAGCGACCCCGGUGACCGGCAGCCGGUUGCUGACCAAACUGACCGGCCUGCCGGCGGGCAGCGUGUGGGGGGAAGUGAGCGGACUGUGCCGCCUGGCCGGACCUGUGUUCAUAUCACACCUGCUGAUCUUCUCUAUAGGUACAGUCAGUGCCAUAUUCUGUGGGCAUUUGGGAAAGAUUGAGUUGGAUGCUGCUGCUCUUGCCACGUCGGUUGUCAAUGUAUCAGGUAUCUCCGUAGGUGUUGGGAUAGCCUCGGCCUGUGACACGCUCAUAUCUCAGACGUAUGGCAGCAAAAAUCUGAUGCGAAUUGGGGUGAUUCUCCAACGAGGGAUUCUCAUUCUGAUGAUAUUCUGCCUUCCCUGCUGGGCGAUCUUCAUUAAUACUGAACUCAUCCUGUUGGCCUUCAAACAACCUCCUCAAGUUGCAAAGCUUGCACAGCACUAUGUGAAUAUACUUAUUCCUGGUCUUCCCGCAAUGUUUCUUUUUGAGUUGGAGACCAAAUACCUUCAGAAUCAGGGAAUCAUUCUGCCUCAGAUUUGCACGGGUACUGUGACCAACAUCUUUAACGCUGUGAUCAAUUACCUCUUGCUGUUCGUGCUGGGCCUGGGAAUUCAAGGUUCGGCUGCUGCUAAUGUAGUGUCUCAGUACUGUCAAGCCACAGUCCUCUUUGUGUACAUUCGAUGGAAAAAGAUCCACACUCCGACCUGGGCAGGAUGGUCCACAGACUGUCUGCAGGAGUGGGGCCAAUUCAUGCAGCUGGCUGUUCCCAGCCUGUUCAUGUUGUGUAUCGAGUGGUGGACGUAUGAAAUUUCCAUCUUCCUUGCCGGUUUAGUGGACGAAGUGGAGCUGGGGGCCCAGAACAUCAUUUACCAAGUUUUAACAACAGCGUACAUGGUCCCUCUGGGGUACAGCAUGGCUGCAAGUGUCCGUGUGGGUAAAGCUCUGGGUGCUCAAAAGCCAGAGGAGGCAAAGGCUGCGGCCAGUGUGGCGAUGUGGUGUGCUGGAUUCACUGCAUUGGUGAUUUCGGUGAUCCUGGCAGCUGUGAAGAAUGUGGUGGGCUACAUCUUUACCUCUGACAAAGAAAUUAUCCAGUUAGUUUCCAAACUCGCUCUAUUAAUUGCUGCUUACCACUUAUUCGAUUCCAUGGCUUGUGUUAGAGCUGGGAUCUUAAUAGGGACUGGGAAACAAAAGCUGGGAGCCAUCGUCAAUCUAAUCGCCUUCUACAUGGUCGGAUAUCCCAUCGGAAUAUCACUGAUGUUUGCAGCAAAAUGCGGUAUCUUAGGGCUUUGGUCUGGCUUGUUUGUAUCGGUGUCAUUACAGGCCAUCUUUUACCAGGUGGUGAUUUCAAAAAUCAACUGGAACAAAGCCUCGGAUCAGGCCCUGAUUAACGCGGGCGUGAAGAGUGACGGAAACUCCCCGAGCAUCACCGUCAGUGACCGCACGGAAGGUGACGUGACAGCUAGCGUCGGGGAGACGGGGAGCGAUGCUGAGGGGGAGCGACUGAUCGGUGACUCGUGUGAGACGCUGGCACCUGUUAUGGUCGGGCACGUCUUGCCCUUGAAGCAUCUGAUCCUCCGCCGUGGGCUGGCGCUCCUCUCUGCGCUGAUCAUACUGGCGCUGGGACUCGUGAUCCACUUUACCGUUGAGACGGGGACGUGAACCGCACGGUGUGGCCACGACCGGUGUAGAGAGGCUGGUGGCGUUUCAUGGCCGUGGACGGAGGUUGACUGGUGGAGCACUUCUGGUGAAGUUGGCGAGGGGGCUGAGACUGUACGGCAUCCCUGGGCCCUGCUUCCCACACAGUCCACGGCGCUGCUUUUACCAAAGGCCUGGGUGAUCGUGUGUGUGUGUCUGUGUCUGUG